AUGUCGAUGUCGCCUUCCCAUACAGAGCUGGGUGUUUCUCGAAAACGACGGCACCGUCAUGGGCCGAAGGCCAAGGCUUGUGAUUCUUGUUGGAAACGUAAGAUCAAAUGCGACAAGGCUGUGCCCAAAUGCGCCUGGUGCCGCCACUAUUGUGUGACCUGUACAUUCAAUCGACGACACUCAGAUCGCCCACCUACCGAGGCGGCAGAAUAUUCCGAGGCAUGUAAUGUGGCACCACGAAGCAACAUCGUUCACACUGCGACCCAACUUGGUAACCAAGCAGCGCUAUCCGGACAAUCGAGCCCCCAGGUGAACGCGCCGCUAGAGAAUCUUCCCAAAAUGACAAACGGAACUCCAGAAAAGCUUUCUUUGGAAUGGUUUUUCAACCCAAGCCAGCGAGCACGAUCAAGAGCUCCGGUCCUGCAGUCUGGCAAAAUUUAUCUUGACGGAGAGGAGCUAGGCACUAUUGACUGCGAAAAUGGUAUUCCUCUUUUCUCCUCCCAAGGCCAGGCGUGGGUUGAGAACCGAUCUGGCGAGUCAAUCAUCUACAACGAGAUUCGAGAAAGUCCAGAGAGUUGUUAUACGAGCUCCACGAAUACAAGCACCUCGGAUAGAGCACCUCCUCUAACCUUACCACCGAUCAGCCUCGUUGAAAGCAGCCUUGAAUCAUUCUUGAGAUCGAGGACCCGUGCUAAUUUCCCUUUGAUCGAUCCGAAUCUCUUCAGAGAAACCAUUCAAGCUGCUUAUGGUAGUUCCGAAAUUGGUCCAUUCAGACUAAUCAGUGCAAGAAUAUGCAUUGCAACAUUCCUGUCCUUUGAGGCCAUCUUCAAUCUCGACAUAGAAAGAGCCCCACCCUUCAAUUUUGAAGAAUAUAUAUCUGCUGCAGAAAAUGCACUGCCUCAACUGACCGCCGGUAUGCAUCUGGAUGGAUUCCAAGCUUGUGUUAUGCUAGUGAGUCUCUGGCAGUAUAGUCGUUGGGGGAAGGACCCAGUCUUCUAA